GGAGAAGAGAAAGAGAGAGCUAAUAAGCUUAGCCAACUUGGAUUGCACGUCAUGCAUGGGUAGGCCAGGUUUGUUUUAGUUGUACCUUCAAAUAAAGUUUGCCCCUAUUAGAUUCUCCCUUCAGUUAUGACCAAACUCAAAUAUUUAUCACUACUCUUCAGCCUAUAUAACCACCCCUUUCAAAGUCACACAACUCUAACUCUCUCUGAAACACCAAGAGUGCAAGACUAUAGUUAUCUCUGAGUUCUGAAGCUAGCUCCUCUCCUCUCCUCUCUUUUCUCUUUCUAUCUAGCUAUGGUGUCUUUUCAAGCUCAGCCCCUUUCACCAAACCAGAAGAGAUCAAUCACAGACGACUCUGAGAAUUCAUGCAAGAAGAGAAAGUGGGAUGACCCUUUUCCUUUUUUGGAACUCGACAAGCGUUCGAAACCAGCAGCUGAUCAGAUCAGACCAAAGUCCUUCUUUGAUGUUGAGCUCCACCUCGAGACUCCAUUGCCUUUGGAGUGGCAACGAUGCCUUGAUAUUCAGUCGGGCCAGAUACACUUUUACAACACAAGAACACAGAUGAAGACUUCAAGGGAUCCAAGGAGGAGUACUACUCCUGAGCCACCAAGCACUAAUCAUCACAUGAGCUUAGACCUUGAGCUCAACCUGAGAUGCGACUCCCAGCCCCAUCAUCCAGAGAUUUCACCAAACAGCUUCAGGGCACUUUUCAAGAACAACUCAUCAAGGCUGGGGCUUGAACUUGAUCAUGACCAAGAGAUGGUGGCAACUGUGUGCAUGAGGUGCCACAUGUUGGUCAUGCUGUGCAAGUCUUCACCUGCUUGCCCAAAUUGCAAGUAUAUGCACACACCUGAUCAGAGCCCCUCAACCCCAUUCAAGCCAAUGAGUCAAGGUCACGUAGCUUCAUCAUGUCCUAGUAAGAUCAAAGCAGCCUGGUAUUAA